UACAAUCGCGACGGGGCUGUAGUGUGUACUGAAGCCACAAGAAAGCAACCCGACCCGAUCGGCCCGAUCCGACCCGAUCGCGUAUGUGGGCACCCCCUAUAACCUCUAUGACUCUAUGGCGUCGGCCUAUAGUUUUUUUUAUAAAUCCUCAUAAGAAUAAACCAACAAUAAAACUCAGAAAAUUUAAUUUAUUGAUUUUUUUUUUUACGUGGAGGACAAGUUAUCACACAGACAUGCUUUCGGGUGUUUUGAAGAAGAUACCGAAGAAGCCUAGAGCCAAGGCUAAUAUUAUUUUGCAGGCCUAGAUUCUAGAUUAGAUUUAGUUUGUCUAGGACUUUGCGAUGAAUGAUUCAGGCUUCGGGAAAAGAAUAAAAAUAAAGUAAAUAAGACGCUCAGUUUUGGAACGAUUUAUACCUCCAUUUUAAUCGAAAGGUUUGGAUUCCUUUCUUAGAACUUGUUUUGGUAAAUUAGGCCUAAACGAAGGUAGCAGUAACACCAGAGAGUUUACAGUAAACCCUCUCUGGUAACACUCCGCAGUGUAGAUACUGGGCCUAUAUUGAGCAGGGGAUGCACUUCCUCAUAAGGUGUUAACGGGUCUAUCUGUUAUCAAUGGCUGGCCUGCUGUCGUAGAACAGUGCAUUGUUGACAAAUGAAGAUGCUUUGACGGCUUGUGAAUCAUAACGUAUCACAUCGUCCGAUCAUGUUUUCCAUACCGUAUUCCUAGCAGAAAGAGAAUCAGUUAAACAGUUAAAAUGGUACAGACGUAUCAGUCACCCGUAAGGGUGUAUAAGUACCCUUUUGAGCUGGUGAUGGCAGCAUAUGAAAAGCGUUUUCCCACAUGUAAGAUGAUUCCUGUUUUCCUUGGUAGCGACAUCAUGCACGAAUUCAAGUCCAAGGAUGGCGCAGAGCAUAUAGUUGAGCGCAGAUGUAAACUAAAUGUAGAUGCCCCUUAUCUUUUGAGAAAGCUGGCUGGUGUUGAGUAUGUAAUCUUCAUUCAAAAGAAUCAUCUCAAUCGUCGCAAGAGGACCUUAGAUAUCUUUGCUCACAAUGAGAGUUUCUCCUCCCGCAUCACCAUCAAUGAACACUGCCACUACUCAGUUCACCCUGACAACCCCACGUGGACUUGCUUUGAGCAGGAUGCCAGCCUAGACAUUAAACAUUUCUUUGGCUUUGAGAGUACAGUGGAGAAAAUUGCAAUGAAGCAGUACACUGCUAAUGUGAAGAAGUGGAGACCCCAAGCUGCUCCUACGGAGGUGACCAGAACAUCAACAAGAUUGAUGAUGACUACAUUGCUCGGUUUUUGGGUCACCUGACCACGGUUGAGGAGAGCCAGCUUGUGCAGCUGCGACGCUGGCUCCAGAAGACUCACAAGGGAAAGAUCCCAAAGGAUGCCCAUAUUCUGAGAUUUCUGCGUGCUCGUGAAUUUAAUGUGGAGAAAGCUCGUGAGAUGCUGGUGCACUCAUUGGCUUGGCGGAAACUUCACAACAUUGACCGCAUCUUGGAUGGCUACAAACCACCAGAGAUCCUGGAGAAAUACUACCCUGGGGGCUGGCAUUAUUGUGACAUUGAUGGCAGGCCUCUGUACAUUCUGAAGCUGGGACAGAUGGAUGUGAAAGGUCUGAUGAGAUCUGUGGGAGAAGAAGCAAUUCUCAGACAUGUCUUGGCCGUGAAUGAGGAGGGUCUGAGACGUGCAGAGGCAGCCACUCAGAAGAGAGGACAUCCAGUGAGUGCAUGCACCUGCAUUGUGGACCUGGAAGGCCUGAGCAUGCGUCACCUGUGGCGGCCGGGCAUCAGAGCCUUGCUGCGGAUCAUUGAGACGGUGGAGGCAAACUACCCUGAGACCAUGGGCCGCCUGCUCAUUGUGCGGGCCCCGCGUGUCUUCCCGGUGCUCUGGACGCUGGUCAGUCCGUUCAUCGAUGAAAACACGCGCAACAAGUUCAUGAUCUACGGUGGUAAAGAUUACCUUGGACCAGGGGGGCUGGUUGAAUUCAUGGACAAACAGUACAUUCCUGAUUUCCUUGGAGGCGACUGCUUCUGCGAUGUGUCUGAGGGUGGCCUGGUGCCCAAGUCGUUGUACCAGGAGGAACUGGUGGACAAGUCGCCUGAGGAGCAGCCAUUAAGUACUGACAGCCUCUACCAGACAGCAGCGGUGGUGAAGGAGUUCCCACAUGAGGUUCUCAUGGAGGUCCCUGAAAAAGGCAGUGUGGUCACCUGGGACUUUGACAUCUUGAAGGGUGAUGUGACCUUCACAGUUUUCUUCUGUCGCAAGUCAGUGGCAUCUCAACCUUACCACCAACACCAUGUGAGCGGCCCGUCCGGCGGUGGCUUGGGAUCAGUGCAGUACAUCGACAAGUCUUUGAUGGUGGGCCGGGACCUUAGCAUUGUGGAGCCGCCGAAUAUAUGCAGGGAUGGAGACAGCGUACAGGGCUCCCAUGUGACGUCACAGCCUGGCCGGUACAUCCUCCAAUGGAAGUACUUUGACAGCACCAAGCCAUCCUUUGACUUUGCCCUCACCUCCCACAAGUCCAAGGUGAUGUACCACACGGAGCUGCUGCCAUCCGCUGCCUUCAAAGGAUCCAUGUCCAGCCUGCAAUCUUGCCAGAGUGGCUUCUCCUCCCUGUCUGCCGGCACCAACAGCACCCAGUCCCUGGCUGGCUCCUGCCCUUCCAGAUCUCUUACAGUCCCCCCAAGAUGACCAGAAAGUUGAUGGUCAAGGACUCGGAGUCUCACACAAGCAAUAUUGUUCCUCCUCAGGCUGCCUCUUGGCUCCCUCUUCUUGUUUGCUCCCUGACCCAUGACCCCUUACCUAUGGAGAUGACCACGCUCACCUGACCAAAUGCACUAGUUGGUUUUCUGUAUAACCUUUACUUUUUAAUCUGUGUAUGUUGUUGGAAGGCUAGUAGAUAUUUUUUAUGAAUCUGAAUGAAGUGCGGUUAGUGUGUCCUUUAUUAAACUGGAUAUGCCAGUACAUUUUAAAAAAUACACUUUGAACCAGCUAUGAAUGCAUGUUAUGACUGUGUUGGGUGGUAUAUUUAUAUGAGGCUAUGUACUGCCUAACUUGAGUGACCAUCUAUGAUCUGUUCUGAUCAUGAGAGCCUCACUACUGUUAAUGUGUGUGUUAUGAUCGUAUAGUAAAUAUAUACUUUUUCUUACAUAUAUGCCCAGGGGUUUAUUAAUUAGUUUUUUUUAACCCUGCUCAUUCCUACCAAUUGGCACUUUGUAUUUAGACGUUCCUACAAAAUUUGCAGCAUUUUAAAUUCUAAAUUCAAAUGUCGGUGAAAACAAACAGGAAAAAGGCUGCUUGCCACCCAAAGUCCUUUCUUGGUUAUCUUUUAUCUUCUCCCCCUCCCCCCAAUUGAAAUAUUUCUGCAUUCUUAUUACUGUUAUUAGUAAAUGAUUCAUCCGAGUAUAAUGAUGGACCGUCUGGAUGAAGCUACUAUAAUUGUCCAGUAAUUGACUGUUCUAAUCAUAUUAGUCCUACAUUCCUCUGCUCUUUCAAGUUAUGAGGUGGGCACUCUUUAUCCCGCUCCCUAGUUAAGCCGUCUUCACUUUUUCGCAAAAUUUUCCACAAGUUUAUGUGCGCAGUUUGUGUUAAUCGAAACUGUUUAUGUUAAACAAAGUUUUUUUUUGGUUGAAAUUUGUUUUCAUGAAUCAUGCCAUAAUUUUUUAUUUUUUCAGAAAACUUUGGUUUUGUCAUUUCAUUAGUUUAGCUUUAUUCUGAUAAUUAUUGUACCUCCACCUUGCAAAUGAAAGAUGCAAGUUUGGUUCCCUUGUGGGGACAAUAUUUUGUGAAAUAUCUCCAUCUUUCUCCUAGGAUGUAGUACCCCAGUUAGUUCUGGUUGGACCUGAACUGGAUUGAGGCAUCGUUUUCAUGAAGUGAUCUAAUUUGUAUUGAAGUAGUGUAAAAAACGUUGACAAACGACAUUAGUCAAAAUUUACUUACUGACCCUGCGGUCAUGUGUAUGAUGCUGUCGGAUGUGAUAACUUGCAGAUUUCAAUACUUAUACCUUUUAUUAGGGGAACCACAUUCCUACUAAGAACACACCAUCUCCUACACAGAGCACAUCACACUCCUGCUCAGAUCACACCAUGCUCAUAGGUCUGCUCGGAACACACCACUCUCCUGCUCAGAACACACCACACUCCUGCGUGGAGCUAACCACACUCCAACUCCAACUCGGAGCACACCACACUCCUACACAUAACACACCGCACUCCUACACAUAACACACCGCACUCCUACUUGGAGAACACCACACCACCAUUCUGGUUUACCCUGCAAAAGGUUACUGUUGAUAGCCAUUUGGGACUCAGGAAAAAAUUUUGGCCUCUUUUCAACUGCUUGUGUUUAGAUCAUGCUUUUUUUCUUUCAGACAUUGAUAUGUUUAUCAGUUAGAUAUUACUUUUAUAGACAUUUAACUACUUCUGAUUGUUUUGUUUUUCCCUUUAACUUUCUUUACCCCAGCUUCUGUAUGUAUAUGUUCAAUUCAGAGACAAGAACUACUCCCCUGUAGCUUUUUUGUAUGUUCCAUUCCCAUGAAAUCCCUUUGACGAUCAUGUUUGAAACUCAGGACCUCUUUGCUCCUUGGUCUUGCUUUAUAUGGAUCUGUCCAGUGACCAAAGAUUUUAAUCUUCCUUCAGUUUUCUUUGUGCAGAUUUUUUGUUGCCUGUAGAGCUCUAUAAUAAAUGUGAGGGAAUGUGUAAUUUUUGGAAAAGUUAGAAGACCACAGCUGUAACUUUUUUUCCUUAAAAUUUGAUCUGUUCCCCCUUUCGGCGAGCACUAUGUGAACAUCUUUAUAUUGACUUGGUGUUGUGAUUUUGUUCUUUAAGACACUAAAAGUUCUUUGAGACAAGCCAAUGUUUGCUCAUGCUUGUUUGUGGCUAGUUAAGAGAGGAACUUAUUCUUCUCGUCUUAUACAGAGGUGCCAAUUCCGUGGAUAAAUUUGGAAGUUUAGAUUUCUGAAAUUGUUUAGAUAUUGCAUUUUAUUUUAGAAUAGUGUUGAGCGACUCAAGUUGUAUCAGGCAAUAUGAUCCACAAUUUUUGAGUCCCCAUGUGCAUGUUUUCAUACAGUGUCUGAACAUUUUAGUAUUUUUUUUUCUAGCCAGUUGGUGCCUCUGUAUGAGUACAACUACAAAAACCAUGUAGUCUCUUUCACAUAGAUAUGUCUUCUUUGAUUUCAAUUCAAUCUUUUGUCAUUCUCUAUGUUGCAAUGCUGAACAUUUCAUAAUUUUUCCCAAUUUUCUUUUUGCUUUCAUGCCUAUUACAUUGGUCUUGGUGUUAUGCACAAAAUUGAUCAUGUGAAUCAACACCAAGGGAGUAGUUGUAAAUGUUAGUAAAGAGCUUGAGAGGAUGGAAGUUUUGAAGCUGUGCUUUACAGAUUUUGAAUGCAAGCGAUAGGUCUCUGUUGAUCUGUGUGUGAGCGGUAAACAUCCUGGUGAUAACCCUCAGAUAUUACAAAUGGAUCUCAAUAGGAUAAAAUGCUACUAGUCUGUAGGCCUAUUGUGGUAUACUCCUCUAUGUGAAAUGAGUUGGUAGAAUUCCUUACUGAAGACACUCAGACCACUGAUCAAUGCAUUUGUAUUGUUUCUUUUCUUUCUAGUCAAUUCCCAGAUAUAUGUACAAUAAUAUAAAUAUAUGUAUGUUAUAGGUAAUGGAGAAUGUAGUAUAUACUUAAACUAACACAUUGGUUCACCAGUUCGCCAUUUUCAGAGAGGUAACACUUCACGUCUAUUUUUCUGCUAAUAUCAGUGUGCACUUUGAUGAUUACUUUCUGAAAAGAUCAAUUGAACAGCCAGCCAAUCAAUUGCUAAAUUUCAUUUGCAGUAGUUAAAGUGUCCCCCAUAGACUGGCGAGCAUUCACUUUUUACAACUUUGAUUGUUUAUAUUGUUUAGCUAAUAGGAUACUGCUCCAUUGAGGUCACAUAUAUAUUUUCACCUAGCAGAAAUAGCAAAAAGGUUGCAAGCAACAAAAACAUCAUCUUGGUUGCUAUGUUGGACGCUGAUUUUUGUCUGUCCAUCUGCAUGUAUGAGCCAGGAAUUUGAAUUUAAAAAACACUCCCAGGAGGAUAAAUCCACCCUUAUGUACAUUUCCAUUUUCGCAGUUUAUGGACCAUUUUUUCAAAUGCAAUGUGUAUCUACAUCUUUAUAAUUUUUGGUCAGUUAUAGAUUUAUGCAGCACUGCUGAUCUGCUAACAUUUGUUUUUAGAAUAAAAAUGCAUUUUUCCUCUUGAUGGAUCAGAGGUAUUUUUUGUCUGUGGUGAGAGAGUUCUUUCAUGAAUCUUGAAAAGUAAUACAUUGAGUCAUCUUAAUGGUGACUUGCUUGUGUAUGUGUACUGUUUAUUUGGAAGAAACAUUGAUUGUUGUAUGUCGUGUCUGCUUGGAAGAAAGAAUGAUCUGAGAAGAUAGGAUCUUCUUAUUUCAGACUUUCCAUUAUUUUACCUUCAGAAUUUUCCAGCACUCUCUGUAAGAAUCAGAGUUGAGUAAAAGGGCUUUGUACAACUAUAUGUGAUAUUGAAAAUGUUUCAAAUUACUUGAAAUGUGUGUAUGAGAUUGUCACUUUCCUGAUGUCUUUUUUUUUUCUCCAGGAAUGAUAGAUGAAAUUUGUUGAACCUAACAAUUUUGUAGUAAACAUCUCCUGUACUUGUUGAACAAUUUGGGAGGCCAGUAAAGCACAAGUCCAUGCAAACCAGUUUAUUUAUGUUCACUGUUGAUAUGUGUACAAAUGUUCACAGUUGAUGUACAUGCAAACUUUCCGUAAGGAUAAGUCUUCAUUGAAGUUCUUGUAAUCCCAAUGUGCCCAUUGUCAACUAUCGAGGCUUGCUCUCUCAAACCCCAUUCCAUCCACUCCACUCAUAAUCCUCUUUUCAUGUUGAAUCCUCACAUUAAAUUCAUCUUUAUUAAUGCACUUACAUUCAUGCCCCUGAAUUCCUAUAAUAAUGAUAAUAAUAAUAAUAUUAAUAAUAAUAGUAAUAGUAAUAAAUUAUAAUAAUGAUAGUUCAUUUGUCAAUAUAUAAUUUCCAAUGCAUCUGCAGAGGAGAAUAAUUCUUGAUCAAAAUAGAAAAAAUAAAGAUAACUUGUGGCUUAAGGGACAACAUUUUUACUAAAGACAAACUGAAACAACUUUUGUCACAGGCAGUAAGUAUGAGACAAAAGAUUCAUGUUCAACUGCUGGCACACUCGAUUACGUAAGCCGUUGCCAUGGAAACGGUGGCCAUCUUGAAAAUUGGAUUGCAUUUUUUUUCUCCAUCAUUUCUAUAGUUUUUAACUUUUUAAAAUUCUGUAACUUGCAAAAGGUCACAAAUCAGUAGAUGUUUGCAGCUGGCUAUUUUGAUUUUUGAUACUAUACUUAGAAAGUAUCCAGAAUUGUUCUCAAAGUUGGGAUAUUGAAUUUGAUCUUUAAAAAAUAUUUUUGGCAUGGAAAAAACAUUGUAAAAACAAUUCUAAAGCAAAAUGUACAAUAUCAACCAACCCACUAUGAGUACAAACUAUUUUCCCCUCUACAUGCCAAAUUUCAAGUCUCUGUGUUGGGAAAUUUAAAAAAAUGGUGGAGAAAAAAACCCCCGGCACAUGCCAGCAAAAAGUGGUGAAAAAAUGUGUUUUGAGAAAAACAAGGUUAAGCAUAGAAAAUGCUAGUACACAACAUAAAACCCAGUGAAAUUGAAUUCUGUUUAUGUUACUCACUCAGCGACUAGUGUCAAUAAAAUCUAGACUGAAUGAGGGAUUGCAAAAAUACCAAAAGUAAAAAGCGCUCAAGAGUGAGUGAAAAUCGGUCCCCGAGGCCGUAGACCUGACUUGUGAGCCCCUUUAAGCUACGGCCAAUGAGACAAAUUCUGGUGGAGAAGAGUUUGCCUCAUUUUGAGCAUUUAAAAGUUAAAUUUCCACUUGUGGGUAUGCACAGUUUGCCAGCUUCUCUUUUGGCCUCAGCAUUUCUUAUUCUUGAAGCCUCAUGUGAUUUGUUGCUCUUUAACUGAGUCUUUCGGGAACUUGGCUCUCCCAUGUCAAAGGCUUAAUGCUGAAGUCCUUCAGAGACAUUUUCAGGGUGCCUUUACAGCACUUUUUAAAAAAAUGUCUUAACUUAACACUUCCCUGAAGGCAGAUCAGAACAGAAUGCUGCCUUUGUGAUUCUGUGGUCAGGCAUUCUUAUGACAUUACCAGUCCAGAGAAGUUGAGUCUUUUCGAUAUUAGAGACUCUUGGCUUUUGCAAGAAUUCUUAUAGAGAACAAUCAACUAAAUGAAGUACUUGUUUUUACAGCCUAUUGGUGUAUUGGUAUUGCUCAGGCUCUGGGAUACAUACAUUAAACUACCAGGUGCAUUUUGAGAAAACUGAAGUAUUUGGCAAGGGAGAAAUAUUGUAGCUUAUGCAGUUGCGAGCGCCGUAAAACCUCUACUAAAACAAAACAAGAAAUGUUGUAGUGGUUGUCACAAUGGCCAGAGUGAUGAAUUUAUUCCUUUGGAUCACGUGAUAUUCCUCUCUGUGUGUGUUCAGCUCAGUGCAUGAGGCUGCUGCUUCUCACCUAGUUACCUUUCACAAGGGCAGCUUCUUUUGCCUAUUGUUUCAAAGUUGACAUGUUUAAGGUCCAACUUUUUUUGUCUGUGCCUCUCAGUACUUUGUUUUUAUAAAGUUUGGUUGACAAAUGGAUUUAGUUGUUGAUGUACUAUUCACUGGCAAUAAUUUUAGAAGACAUUUAUUAAUCUAGUAAGACACAUUUUUAAAAGGCAGUGUAUAGAUAUAUGGUAUGAAUAUUUUUAGAUUGCCUAAAAGGGUGAGUUGACCCAAUACUGUGCAAGCAGUGUAUGCAUGGUAACAAAAUUGUAAAUGAAAUAAUAGGUCUAGUUUUCCACAUAUUUAACACUGUUUACACUCAUCACAUAUAUGCCCGUAUGGGAGUGGCCAUAUUUUUAGCCGAGCUAAUAAGCGAGUAGUGAUCACAUUGUUAGUAAUGUGAAAACAACAUUUUUUUCAUCUCUUAUUACCAUAUAAACAAGUACAUGUAUUAACUCUUUAUCUCCCCCAGCGGCUCGUGGUCAGAACUGUUUUGCCGGUGAGCCGCUGACAGUGGCUUGGGCACAUUCCUUUUCGACGACUUCGACAUCAAAUUACUUUUCGGCAAUUGCCGAAAACAGGUUUCUUUCAACGGAAGUUCAUUCAUUAGAUGAAGUACUAUCAUAAUAGGUUCGCAAGUUUAGAUUUAAUGACCUAUUUAGUGACGUUUUUGUCAUUUUUAGAUUUAGUACCAAAAAAGGGCCCCGGCAUUGUGGGUUUACCCCCCUCGGAGAUAAAGAGUAAACAAGCUAUGUUAAAAGAUUUGGUUUCUAUUCAUUGGUAUUCUUGUAACUGUUCAAUUUAUUCAAACAGCUGGUUGUUCAACAUUAGUCAGUGAUGACUGGUUAUAUACUUCUAUGUUGUUUUUUUUUGGCUUUCUGAGUCUUUAUGAAAGUAAACUUAACAGUUCUGAAUCUAACGUUAAGAAAUUAAGUACAUAUGUUUCACACAAUUUAACGAUCAGUGCACGCUGCACGUUUUAACGAUUGUAUAAUUGUGCAGCAAUCAUAUUUUAUAUUUUUGAAAUAAUAAAAAAAAAAAAAAAUUCACUUCCAUCUUUAUUCAUAUAUUUUCAAAAGUAUAAAAAUAUGAAAAUUAAAAUUAAAAUAUGAAACUGAAGAGUCCACAAGAAUAACACAAUGCUGGGUAUCAAACUCAAGUUCACAAAGUAGAAUUUACAUCUAAUUUAUUUUGUAUUUUUGAAAUUAUUU